AUGUCUCAUCUCAAGAACAUUGCUAUUGUCGGAGCUACGGGCUCUGUCGGAAAGUUCGUCGUCGACGAGCUUCUCAAGACUGGGAAACACAAUGUCACAGCCAUCACCCGCGCCGACAGCAAGGCCGUGAUGCCCGAGGGAGUCAAGGUGGCCAAGGUCAACUACGACGACCAGUCAUCGCUGGUCGAGGCCAUGAAGGGCCAAGACGUGCUCAUUGUCACAAUGAGCGUCAUGGCGCCACCCGAUUCGCAGAUCAAGCUCAACGAGGCCGCCGCGGCCGCCGGCGUGCCCUACAUUAUCCCAAACAACUGGGGCGGCGACCAUGCCAACGAGAAGCUCGGCGACGAGACGCUCCUGGGCCCGGCCAACCGCGCCGUGCUCAAGAAUAUCCAGGACCUCGGCAAGAGCGCCUGGAUCUCCAUCGUGUCCAACUUUUGGUAUGAGUUCAGUCUCGGCGGCAGCGCCGACCGCUACGGCUUUGACUUUGAUGAGCGGUCCGUCGUCUUUUUUGACGAGGGCAAGCAGCCCAUCAACACGACGACCUGGCCGCAGUCUGGUCUCGCCGUGGCGCGCCUCCUGUCCCUGCCCGAGGAAAAGCUUGCCGAGUUCAAGAAUAAGUUUGUCUACAUUUCCUCCUUUUGCAUUAGUCAAAAGGACAUGUUUGAGUCGGUGCUCCGCGUCACGGGCACGACCGAAAAGGACUGGAAGAUUACCUAUGAGGAUAGCCGGGAGCGCUACCAGUCCGCCAUAAAGGCGCUGCAGUCGGGUGACCGCAGCGGGUUUGGCCGUGCCAUGUAUACUCGCAUGUUCUACCCCGAUGGCUCUGGUGUCUAUGAGAAUAUCCGCGGCCUGCAGAAUGAGUUGCUCGGUUUGCCCAAGGAGGAUUUGGAUGAGUUUACCAAGAUUGGUAUCUCGCGCAAGGAUGAGAAAUAUUAA